AUGACCAUUGCCACCAUCCCGAGAAAAAGUAUCCCCUACAACGGCGAGGAAGUACCUGUCUGUGAGCUAGAAAUAAUAAAUUUCAGCCGGCUUCUUUCUCAAGAGCAAACUGAGAUCAAAAAGCUCCUGCGAUGUUGUCAAGAUGCUGGAUUUUUCUAUCUUGACCUUGAAGAUAUUGAUGGAAAACGGAUGUUGGAAGACCAUCAGCGACUGCUAGCUCUCAUGCGUCGAUUCUUCAACUCGCCCCAUGACGAGAAGAAUGAAAUUGGCCUCCCAUCCCUGGAACAUGGCUACGAGCCAGUUGGUAACCAUACCGGCGUACUGGAAGGUACAAUGGACGGCUACGAGAUUCUCCAAGUCUCUAGAGACGAGAUUAGAAUGCCAAAUCCAAAUCUCCCAUCGAUAGUCCACAACACUCGUGACAUCAAAACAUUUUCUGACUUCAUCGGCGGCUCCAACAUCAUUACCAAAACCAUACUCUCAUGCCUCUCCACCGCUUUUGGGCUGAGUGGAGAAGCCCGCUUCGAGAAUGCUCACCGCAACGAGCACAAAUCUAAUUCCGCCCUCGCCAUGAUGCGGUACCUGCCCGGUGAUCCACAAUCGAGCAAGGAAAUUGGUCAUCAGAAGCACACGGAUAUCGGAUCCCUCACUCUCCUCUUCUCUGAACAAUGGGGGCUUCAGGUUCUUCCACCCGGCUCUGAUACCUGGGGUUUUGUGGAGCCCAAAAAGGGACACGCGGUUGUCAACGUUGGAGACUCGUUACGCUUUGCUUCCGGUCACAAACUUUUCUCAUGUAUCCAUCAGGUUGUCCCAAUUGACAACGUUGCAGAUCGGUAUAGCAUCGCCUUCUUCCUCCGCCCAGAAAACCACGCAAAAUUUUUGGAUAGUCAGGGUCGAUGGGUAAGGGCUGAUCAAUGGCAUGAUGAGAAGUUUGAUGUUUUUAAAGCAACUCAUGCAGAACAGAAGCUGGUGAAUUCCAUGUUGGUUGGGGGGAUGGAAGGAUGA